UUCUUCUUUACCGAAUUCACCAACUUGAGUCUUUCGAUAAGGCUUGGCUAGAUUGACCCAAGAACCCUUUAAAGUACACACAUUUGGAAAUCUCUUUCGAGAGUACAGAUCGUGCGCCUGCUGCAAGACAAGUAGGUUAAUCCUUGUGCAGCCUCGCGGUUUUCAGCCUCGUGGAAUCCGCACAAUCACCCAAGUUUCCUCGAAACUUUUCGCGCGUCCCAAGUAGAAGAACCAUGGCCUCAAUCAAGAAGAUCGAAGACAAACCCAAGACAUCAUCGUCCCAUCCCAGAAUGGCCAAGCCAGCGAAGUUGUCCUUCACCAAACUUCCGGCGGAAAUUCGAUACAUGAUCUACCCUUACCUGCACCUCAAACUCGACCGGCCCAUCAAAAUCUCUCCUUCCAAGGGUAUUUUCAAGCGAGGGUUGAAAGAACAGAAGACUGGCAUCCUUCGAGUCGAUAGGCAAACAUACCUUGAAGCUGGCCCUUUCUUCUACUCCCAGAACACGUUCCUCAUCGGCAACUCUCCAAACCCCUCGAACGAAGAACCCAAUCUUCAUGGAUUGAAGCAAUUCCUUACUCGAGUUCCUAAGCAUCACCUUGCUGCCAUCGUCAAUAUUGGGCUGGUUUGCUAUUUCGACCAUAAGAGAUCGUAUGCCUCAAGAGCAGAAUGGAUCUUCAUGAUGCAAACAUCUCUCAAGCGUUUCACUGGAGCCACCAUGCUACAGUGCUAUGCAGAGCGUUGGCUUGCUCACCCUCAGAACACUCUAUGGGACGGCGGUCGGCCCUCUGAAAAUAAAGCAUCUAUGAAGAAGUUGUUGACCAUGUGGCUUGAUUCCAGUCCUGAGCAUAAUCUGUCGAUAGAUCCUGUCGAACUCAUCGCACUGAGACCCUUGCUUAGAGAACUUACGGAGGAUCAUCCAAGAGUCCGAGAAUUCCUGCAGAGCGUCAACUCUUCCUAGAUGUAAGAUUGCUUGGGCCCUACUUGUGGCGAAACAGCAUGUAACAUUUCAGCUUCUUCUUUCUGGAUUUUAGAGCAGACAGGUAUUCUCUUCCACUCCAAAUUUCUCAGCACAUUUCCUUGUCCUGCAAUUGCAAGUGGAGGAAAUCAAGCAGGGUUCUGCGGAGUGAAUGGAACAUUCACGCCUUUUGUAGAGAUUAGACAAUGUAAAUGAUAGAAAGAAUAAUGCC